AUGAUUUAAGAAAAUGAUUAAUACAAAGUAUAUGAAAAGAUGAUUGAUAAAAUAAGUGAAUUGUUGACCAGGUUUGAUGAAUAAAUACAAUAAAAUUUAAAAGUUGCGAUGCUUGUUGGGAGUACAGCAAAUGGUAAAAGUACAUUAUUUAAUUUUCUCUCGGGAUUUGAAUUCUCAAUUACAAAAAAAGAUAAUAUAAAAACUAAAUAACUAACUCUAAAAUAUCCUGAUGAAAAAUAUGCUUCUGAUAUGGCUCCUGGAAUAAGAUCUGUAACAAAAGAGCCACAUUAUUAUUUUAAUAAAGAUAAUAAUUACUUAUUAAUUGACUUUCCUGGAUUUAAUGAUACAGAUGGAGCUAUGUAGUAAACUUUUAUAUCAAUCUUAUUCAAAAGAAUAGUAAUAAAAACACUAAUUAGAAUCAUAUUUGUUGUUAAUAGUCUUGAUGGAAAUUUGCCGAAUCAAGGUCUUGAAUUUUAUGAUUUUAUAAGUCGAUGCUUUGCCUAACAUAUUUAAGAAUUUUCUUAAGUGACUAUAAUCCUCAAUUAAUUUAUGGAUAAUUUAGAUGAUCAAGAUCUUAUUGAUGAUGUAAAAAAUUAAAUGAAGGAUAUUUCAGAUAAUGUAAAUGAGAAUAUAGAAGUGGUAGGAAAAAUAAAAGAAGAUAGUGAUCUUGAAACGAAAUUUAAUAAUUAAAAAAGACAAGAGAUAUGGAAUGUAAUAGAAAAUCUAAUCCAAUAAGAUUUAAGCCAAUUUAAUUUGAGAAACAAACCGAACUAUCUAGGUUAAUAUAUGAAAAAUGCCAUUAAAUAAUACAAAAUUUAGUUGAUGAGAUCAGUAAAAAAAUUAAUAAUUCUCUUAAUAAUUUGAGCCAAAAAAGUAAAUAAAAGUUAUAUAAAAUUUUUUAUAACAUAUUAGAUUAGAUUGUAAAUGAAUAAUUUGAUCAAAACAUUUUUUGUUUUUAUCUGCAGAAAUAUUAGGUUGGUAAAAUAAUGAAAAAAUUGAAAUUGAUACCUUUUUAAACAGAUUUAAAUUUGUAUCAUAAGAAGAUGAUAUUAUAGAGAUUAAAUAUUUAUUAGCGAAAAACUAAUAAUUGCUUAAAUAUAAUUUAAUCAUCCAAAAAGAAACAAUUAUGA